GUCCGCAGCCGGGAAAACUGGAGGGCUGCCCGCGGAGGCGGCAGUUAGCCCUGCGCGACCUGGCUCCCCUGAGAAGGGCGCCGCUCGCGAUUCCACGUUUCCGCGCCGCGGCAGCGCUAGAGCCUCACUGAGGCGGGCGGAGGAGGAGAGGGAGAGGAGAGGGGCCGGGCCGGGCCCCCGCCCUCCGCACCCCGAAUGGAUGUGCCCGGCCCGGGAUCCCGGCGGGCGGCGGCGGCGGCUGCCACCGUGCUUCGGCGCACGGCCCGCGUGCCCCGCGUGCCCCGCGAAUGCUGGUUCUUACCCACUGCGCUGCUGUGCGCCUACGGCUUCUUCGCCAGCCUCAGGCCGUCCGAGCCCUUCCUGACCCCCUACUUGCUGGGACCCGACAAGAACCUGACGGAGAGGGAGGUCUUAAAUGAAAUUUAUCCAGUAUGGACUUACUCUUACCUGGUGCUGCUGUUCCCUGUGUUCCUUGCCACGGACUACCUCCGUUAUAAGCCUGUCAUUCUGCUGCAGGGACUCAGCCUUAUUGUUACAUGGUUCAUGCUGCUCUACGCCCAAGGACUGCUGGCCAUCCAGUUCUUAGAAUUCUUCUAUGGCAUCGCCACAGCCACUGAAAUUGCCUAUUACUCCUAUAUCUACAGCGUGGUAGACCUCAACAUGUACCAGAAAGUCACAAGUUACUGUCGGAGUGCCACCUUGGUGGGCUUUACUGUGGGCUCUGUCCUGGGGCAAAUCCUCGUCUCCGUGGCAGGCUGGUCCCUGUUCAGUCUGAAUGUCAUCUCUCUUACCUGUGUUUCUGUGGCUUUUGCUGUGGCCUGGUUUCUGCCUAUGCCACAGAAGAGCCUUUUCUUUCACCAUGUUCCUUCCACUUGCCAGAGAAUGAAUGGCAUCAAGGCACAAAAUGGCGGCAUUGUAACCAACACCUCAGCUUCUAACCACCUUCCUGGGUGGGAGGACAUUGAGUCAAAAAUCCCUCUAAAUAAGGAGGAGCCGGAACCCAAGCCAGACCGUCUCCUUGUGCUGAAGGUCCUGUGGAAUGACUUCUUGAUGUGCUACUCCUCUCGCCCUCUGCUCUGCUGGUCUGUGUGGUGGGCCCUCUCCACCUGUGGCUAUUUCCAGGUGGUGAACUACACACAGGGCCUGUGGGAGAAGGUGAUGCCCUCUCGCAAUGAUGCUGUCUACAAUGGUGGUGUGGAGGCCGUGUCCACCCUCCUGGGUGCUGUUGCCGUGUUUGCAGUGGGUUACAUAAAAAUAUCCUGGUCAACGUGGGGGGAGAUGACGCUGUCUCUGUUUUCCCUGCUGAUUGCUGCCUCCGUGUAUAUCAUGGAUACUGUGUGCAACAUCUGGGUGUGCUACACAUCCUAUGUGGUCUUCAGAAUCAUCUACAUGUUACUCAUCACUAUAGCAACUUUUCAGAUUGCUGCUAACCUCAGCAUGGAGCGCUAUGCCCUGGUGUUUGGUGUGAACACCUUCAGUGCUCUGGCCCUGCAGACACUGCUCACCCUCAUUGUGGUGGAUUCCAGUGGCCUUGGCUUAGACAUCACCACUCAGUUCCUGAUCUACGCUGGGUAUUUUGCACUCAUCGCUGUGGUUUUCCUGGCUAAUGGUACAGUUAGUGUUAUGAAGAAAUGUAGAAAGCAAGAAGAUGCAGAAUUGAGUUCUCAAGUAUCUACGUCAUAAUACACGGCUGAUAAGCUGCUGCUUGUAGCAAAAACUGCACAGCAACUGUGCCUGGAUGUAUUUAAUGUUUUAAUAUGUAGACGUAUAUUUAUGAAUGUGCUUUUUAAGGUUUCAAAGCAGCCAACUGACUAUACUCUGUGUUCCUAGAGUAACGAUACUGUUUAGAGGAGCCAGAGGUGAAGUUUAUCUCGUGGAUUAUUUGUGAAAGCUGUUUUAAGGAUUACUUUGUUCUGCUUGAACUUGAUUUUGAAAACCAAGUAAUAAGAGCACUCAAGCACCACAUGGCGUUUAUACUUUUUUUUUUUUCAAGAUUUUAUUUAUUUAUCAGAGAGAGAGAGACAGAGGCAGGCAG